AUGUCUACGCUCUGCAUGAACCGUCUCCAGGAGGAGAGAAAACAAUGGCGACGCGAUCACCCCUUCGGCUUCUUCGCGAAACCUAUGCGCGGCGCAAACGGUAUGAUGGACGUCAAGAAGUGGGAUUGCGGCGUGCCAGGCAAGGAGAAGACGAUCUGGGAAGGCGGGCUAUUCAAGUUAGAAGUCACAUUCCCCGACGAGUAUCCCACGAAGCCACCAAAAUGCAAAUUCUCCCCGCCGCUUUUCCACCCAAAUGUCUACCCCUCCGGCACCGUCUGCCUCUCGAUCCUCAACGAAGAAGAGGGCUGGAAGCCCGCCAUUACCAUCAAGGAGAUCCUGCUCGGCAUCCAGUCGCUUCUCGACGAGCCAAACCCAGAGUCGCCCGCGCAAGCAGACGCGUUCAACCUCUUCAAGAAAGACCGCGCCGCGUACGAGAAGAAAGUGAAGAGUAUUGUCAAGGAUAACCCGGCGCCGUAG